AUGGAGCCGCUCGCUUUCUCGGAUUCCGGGUCGCCGGAACCCUCGUCGGAUUUCGCUUUCGCGUUCAACGACGUCAAUUUCUCGGACCGGAUCCUUCGGAUUGAGAUCCUGCCCGAUUCUCCCGGCUCCAAACCCGACCCGGACGUCAGCCUCGCCGAUUGGGCCAGGAACCGGAAACGCCGACGUGAUGAUCAGCUCGCCAUUGUGAACGAACCUCCCGAACAAUGUGAAGAACAGGAUCUGAAUGGCAAUAUGCCGGAUUUGGAAGAAGUAGUUGCUUAUGAGAAUCAAGAGGAAGAAGAAGCUGUUGCAAUGGUUGAGGAGUCACCUUUGGAUGCAGAAGUUACUGUGCAUGAAUCAGGUCAUGAAGCUAGAGGAAAUGAAGAAUCAUCUAGUAUAGAUCACUCAGCAAUUCAAGUUAAGACACUUCACAUCAGCUCUCCAAUUUUGGCAGCGAAGAGUCCGUUUUUCUAUAAGUUGUUCUCAAAUGGUACGAAGGAGUCUGAGCAGCGAUAUGUAACUCUAAGGAUUCGGGCCUCAGAGGAAACAGCCCUCAUGGAUUUGCUGAACUUCAUGUACAGCAAUACUCUACCCAGAACAACACCAACUGCUUUACUGGACGUGUUGAUGGUGGCUGAUAAAUUCGAGGUGGCUUCAUGCAUGAGAUAUUGCAGCCGGUUAUUGCGCCACAUGCCAAUGACCUGUGAAUCGGCCUUGCUUUAUUUGGACCUCCCCUCAACCGUUCUAAUGUCCGAAACGGUUCUGCCUCUAAUGGAUGCUGCCAAACAGUACCUUGCCGCACGUUUCAAGGACCUAAGCAAGUAA